AUGUCUCUUACACCAGAAGAGCAUUGCUACAGUUUCAUCACAAAAGAGCUAUCACUAGAUGUUAGAUCCACCCCUCCACUCACAAAACAAUCAUUUGAAGAUGGAUACCCUCAUUUAGUCACAAUGAUAAUUCAUGAACCACAGAUUUUUCACACAGGGAUAGAGGGAGGUCACAUGAUGAUGAAUGUUGCCUGUAUGGAUAAUGCAAAUAUAUGGACUUGUGCAGAUGGUCGCAUCACUCUCUACAACGUUGAUCAGAAUCAAUCACAACUUAUUUCAAUCAAACAAAUUCGUACCUGGCCGAAUUCCAUAGCAGUGACAAAAGGUGGUGAUCUAGUUUUUACUACACACUCGGAUAGAACUGUGAACAUUUUGAAUAAUGAAGGAAUUCGAGAGGUAAUCAGACUCCGGAUGUGGAGACCUCACAGUGUAUGCUGUACCUCUUCCGGUGACUUUCUAGUUACGUUGGAAAAUGAUGACAAAAAACGCUCAAAAAUUAUUCGAUAUUCUGGUUAUAAAGAGAAACAAUCUAUUCAGUUUAAUGAAAAUGGCAAGUCUCUUUAUUCAUCAAGUGGUUCUAAUCUACACAUAUGUGAGAACAGAACUAUAAACAGGAUAUCUGUGUGGCUGAUUGUGGAGCUAAAGCAAUAG